UGCCCCUGCAGCAGCGGCCGGCGCCGGCCAUGGCUGCAGAGGAGUCCCGCUCCCUGCUGGGUCACCCCGCUCCGGACCCUGACCCGAGAGUGCGGAACAAGAAGCUGUACCUGGCCGCCUUCGCUGCUGUCCUGGGACCGCUUAGUUUUGGCUUCGUGCUAGGCUAUAGCUCACCGGUUAUCCCAGAGCUGAGGAGAAUCGACGACCCUAAGCUAAGGUUGGACAGCGAUCAGGCCUCGUGGUUUGGGUCAGUAGUAACAUUAGGAGCUGCUGCUGGAGGAAUACUAGGAGGCUAUCUGGUGGAUAAAGUGGGGAGAAAGCUGAGUCUAAUGCUGUGCUCGGUGCCAUACGUUUUUGGGUUUACAAUUAUUAUAUCUGCUCAGAAUGUUUGGAUGCUUUACCUUGGACGAAUGCUGACAGGCUUAGCCAGUGGAGUUACCUCACUUGUUGUGCCGGUGUAUAUAUCCGAAAUAUCCCAUCCUAAGGUCCGUGGUAUGCUGGGCUCCUGUGUGCAGCUGAUGGUGGUGACCGGCAUCCUGGGAGCCUACAUUGCAGGAAUAGCACUACCAUGGCGCUGGCUGGCAGUGCUGUGCUCCUUCCCAUCCUGCAUAAUGCUCUUGUUCAUGUCCUUCAUGCCUGAAACACCGAGGUUCCUGCUGAGCCGGAGCAGGCGCUCGGAGGCCGUAGCUGCUCUGCGCUUUCUGCGGGGGCCACUUGCGGACCAUGAGUGGGAGUGUGAGCAGAUUGAAGCUGGUGUUCAGGAAGAGGGGCUGAAUGUGUCUGAAUUUAAGAACCCCUCAAUCUACAGGCCGCUUCUUAUUGGUGUGGCUCUGAUGUUCUUCCAGCAACUCACAGGCAUUAAUGCAGUCAUGUUUUAUGCAGAAACUAUCUUUGAAGAUGCAAACUUCAAGGACAGCAGACUGGCUUCUGUUGUUGUGGGUUCCAUACAGGUGUUCUUCACUGCUGCGGCUGCACUUAUCAUAGAUAAAACUGGACGGAAAGUGCUGCUCUACGUAUCUGGGGUAAUCAUGGCUCUCAGUACUGCAUUGUUUGGCCUUUACUUUAAAAUGGUCCUUCCAAAUCCAAACAACUCAUCAGAUCCUGAUGUAUGGGCUGCUCUAAAUUCAGCAUCGCCAGGAACAGAAAGCAGCAUAUCCUGGCUUGCAGUGGUGAGCCUGGGCUGCUUCGUUGCUGGUUUUGCCCUUGGCUGGGGUCCUAUUCCGUGGCUGGUGACAUCCGAAAUCUUUCCCCUUAAAGCUAGAGGCAUAUCAAGUGGUGCUUGUGUAUUAACAAACUGGGCUAUGGCCUUCCUGGUAACCAAAGAAUUCAAUGAUUUAAUAGGUUUCUUAACAUCCUAUGGCACGUUCUGGCUCUUCUCUGCCUUCUGCUGCCUCAACAUAGCUUUUACAGCCUUUUAUGUUCCUGAAACAAAAGGACAGACCCUGGAGCAAAUCGAGGCCUACUUCAGAAGAUCUUGAGCGCUCCUGCUGUCGGUGCUGCAGGUACUCCGUGAAUUUAAAGGGAUGUCCAUUAAGAACAGACAUAUGAAGCACAAACUUCAUUAAAAAAAAGUGUGAAAGAUCUCUUUGGCAUACACGUGAUGGAGCUCC